GGAUUUCCUUGAAUAAUGCCGAGCCACCGUGAAACAACCUUAUACAAUUUUCGAAGGAUCUGAUUUGCGCCCUAAAGACACAACAGUAACGUUGACAAAAAUGGCACUGGAGGAGGAAGAAAACACUUGGGUAUUAGAAUUAGAAGCAGCUUUGCUGGAUGCGGAAGCACCUUCUGCUUCGGACAUCUAUGCUAUUUCUAAAGGUCAGCCAGUACCUUCGCGUCUAAGACCGGAUGUUUGGCAACUGUGCUUGGAUGUCACCGAUAGAGGUGAUCAGCUGAUUCACUUUAAUGAGGUUUUUGACUUGCCCGAGCAGAAUGUCUUACGUGAGGAUUGCCAGCAACUAGUCGCCAAACUUGGGAACGAUGACGAGGAUAAGGUAUCCGUUGUGUCGGACUUGGAGUCGAUAUUGACAUUUUAUUGCAAAAAUAGGAAUAAACAAUACCAAAGGGGAAAUGGUUGGCUCGAGUUAUUGGGUCCCUUAAUAGCUCUAAAAUUACCCCGUACUGCUACCUAUAAUCUUUUUGAAGCGAUCAGAGACGUCUACGUGCCAAGGGGAGAUACGCAUAGUUCUGUCCUGCGACUGCUACUUCUUUACCAUGAUCCGGAAUUGUGUUCUUUCCUUGACACCAAAAGAGUCUCACCCGACCAAUAUACAAAAGGAUGGGUGAACACGUUGUUUGCCGAGGUAUGUUCUUUACCAGCAGUGAGCACUAUGUGGGACCUGUAUUUCAUGCAAGCCGAUCCUUUCUUCAUGAUGUUUCUCUCUCUCAUCAUAGUAAUUAAUGCAAGAGAUCAGAUAUUAAAAAUGAAAGACAUCGACAAACAAAAUAUCAUAGAUAUUCUCACAGCAUUGCCCUGUGAUCUGAAAGCUGAGGAUGUGACGGAUUUCUGUUCUCUGGCACAGUAUUACGCAAUGAAAACCCCAUCGUCCUUUAAGCAAGACUUGUACUCUAUUAUGUUUGGCGAAGGAGGGGAUGAGAAGUUUAUCUCUCAUGCAUUGUGUUUGCCAGUUUCUGCACACGAGUUAAUAGAGAAUGCUGUUGAAGUUCCGUCCAACCCUAAUGGGCCUGUAGAACCUGUCAGAUUCUUUUUGGUGGAUUGCCGACCUGCUGAACAGUACAAUGCUGGACAUUUGCCAACAGCUUUUCAUCUUGACUGUAAUUUGAUGCUUCAGGAGCCUGCAGCCUUUGCCACGGCAGUGCAGGGAUUGCUGCAGGCACAGCGUCAAGCCCUUGCUGUUGGCUCCCAAGCAGGUGGGGAGCAUCUCUGUUUUCUGGGAAGUGGUCGUCAGGAAGAGGACCAAUAUACACAUAUGGUCGUCGCUUCGUUUCUACAAAAGCAUACGCAGUACGUCAGUAUGGUAGCUUCCGGAUAUCAAGCGAUCCAUGAAUACUUCGGCGACGAAGUUGUAACGAACCUCGUGGACCACAAUUCCCAGCACUGUUUGGUAUGCAAUACCAACAUAUCGGAAACUAAUUCUAACGAAGCCAGCCCAGCGCGAUUCAAAAAUAACAAUUCAGAUAUUUUUGGAAAAAUCGGUCAGGCUAUGAAACUUAAAAGCCUGGAAGUCAAGGGAAAGCUCUUUGAUUACAUCGUCAACCCGUCGGCGAGUGCCAAUAGUAAUACAGAGAGAAAAAACGGCAAAGAAUCCGAUUACAAUAAGAAGAUACGAAACGAUCCUGUGUUUAGCAUAGACGACGACCAGGAUCUUGACACAACAAUGAGUAAUCACGAAAACGAGCAGCCAAUGGAGGUGGUUUCGAUGCAACAGUGGUUAAAGGAUCCAAGAUUACUUCAUUCCUUUAAGUGUCAAGAGGUUAAAGUAAAUGGUCAUGUUUAUGAGAGCCAACUGCUUAUCACUGACAGCCACCUCAUCGUUCUUCGAGAGACUCAGGGAUGCAGAGGAGCUGCGCAUGUGAUCGUUGAGAGGCCCUUAUCUAGUAUUGUCAAAAUUACGUCGAGGAAACGUCACCCGGAUUUGAUUACGUUUAAAUAUGGCACAACGCAUAACAACGAUACACUUCACAUUUCCGAUAUGGAUAGGUUUCUCAUUCCCAAUUCAUCCGAGGCCACGAAGUUCAUUUCAGAGCAGAUCCUUAAACAAUUGAAAACUAUCAAUUAGGAACAGAAAGAACUUUUAGAAGAUAGUUAAUUUAAAAAGAUGAGUUGGUAAUGCAUAGUCUCUGGACGCAUAGAAAUGUCAUUCAUUUCAUCAAAAGGCUCGGGUGUCGUCAGGACAUUGCACCUAUCAAAAGUUUCUAAAGUAUUUCCUAUUUUCUUUCGCGUGAAACAUUAGUAAAGAUGAAAGCGAUACUCCUGAUUAAUGUCAACCGUAUUGCAGAUGAAGGAUACACUUAACUAUUGAAAAACGAGGAACAUAUUGGAUGCAGUGUUUCAAGUUUUUGCCAUCGAACGACAAAUUGAAAACAGUGAUUCCAAAGUAUGUAAGAAUUAUUAAUAGCGUAUUAUUUAUCUGGAUUUCAAUUUGACAAUGUAUACGAAGGUCCUGAAAAGAUCAUGCCAACAAUUGGGACGAUGCAAAUUGUAAUUUCCAAAAUAGUUUCUUACUUAAAGUUACUUUAUGUAAUUGCUUGUAGUGCUCUGCAUUUCAAAGUGAUGUUUAAUGUGAUGCUAGUUACAUAAUCUUUAAUUGAAACCAUCUGUUUAUUUUGUGUGACCGGAGUAACUUCAUAUUUUGAAUCACUUCGUUGAUUCUUUUGUAAAUAAAAAUCUCUGGUUGGUACCGCAACGGGAAAAUGGGUCUACAUGCACCCACGCCCUGCAAACUAGUACUCCGUGUGGCCCUUCCGAAAAAGUCCUAAUCUUAAAUUGAGACGGUGAAAAUUUGGAUUGGUGAAAGGAGCGACCCGCUUAAAUUUAUUUAAGGGCGCCAUGCAUGUUUCAACAUACUGUGCGCCCUUCAGAAAUUCCAGCUAAGGAAGUCCAAGCUCGCCCGUGGAAAAUCGCGGAAUAUCGCGGAAUAUCGCGGAAAAGCUGUGAUUGCCAGCCACUCAGCCCCGCAAGAAUCCAUAAAGGACUACAUGCGGCACGGUAGAGUCGAGAGUUCACGCGAGAAACACGGAGUCAUUGACAAGAAGUUCGGAUUAGGAUGCGGGAAUACAUUAAAAGAUCAAUUUUCGAUAAUAACCAAUUAACGGAAGCUGUUUAUUCGACAGGAUACUUCUGAAUCCCACCGGCGCGAUGUGGAAUGGUUCACUAAUAACGACAGUAAAUAUAGAGCCGCAUGCUCCCGAUAAUUUUCCUCCGGCACUUCGGAAAGAAAAUACUGGGCACAAUGCCCGUCUUAAUGCCGUCUGGACCCUGAAAACGAUACGUGGAUUUGAUCUGGCCUUGCGGGUCACAAAUGACGGACGACAUAUACUAUAUUAACACGCGAGAGCUACGAAUAACGCGGCAAACUAUAAUCUAAAUUAACACGGCGAAACCUGGGGUCCUCUCGACAAUGAGGAACGCGGAAAAUCCUCCUGGAUCCUCACCGGGCCCAUCGCUGUUUCCCUUUGCCGGUGUCGUCGAUAAUUUAGCACACCAUCUAAUUCCUUCGUGAGACAAUUACGCUGAAAUUCAGCCGAUACAUGGGACCACCUAUAUAAAAAUCAUCCUCGACACGUGAACUUAUUGAUAACAAGGCCUAAGGAACAAACUUCAGGUGAAGUGAAUGAUGUCGGUAAAAAGGAUUCGUCUAAAUACCUACGUUUCCGACGUUCGUAUUUGUAUCGACAACUUUUUCGAAUUAUACUUGGUAUUAUACCAAAUGGCAUACUCCAUAUGUUGUUUCCGUACAAUAAUUAUAAAGCAAUUGUAGCAAAACUCUAGAAAUCCCCUGGAUUCGUGAUUUUUAAUGUUCCAAUUGACUGGAAAGUGCCACUCUGCGCCAUCUGUGAUUUUAGCGUCAACUAAAUUUCCUCUCCGAGAUCUCACGUUACCUUCGGUUUAGCAUAGAAGAUACUUUUUUCGCCUUUAUCCUGUUCAAAUGCGAAUUUCUCGAUUACUACAGUGUUCUAGAUUGUUACACAAUUGUCCUGACACUUUCGAUUCUCACAGCAGAGUUUUUAAUAAUUGUAUAUUGAUCGAAGUACGAGACUUCGGCGCCAUAUUUGUUCUGAUUUAGGCUAAGUUAAAGAAAAUUGUGUCGAAAAUCUAAAUUUUGAAAGUAUCAAAACAACUCUUAGGUUCUCACGAGUCAUAUGUCGAUGUUUUAGUCAGUUCGGUUCAAUAUUCCUAAAAUAAAGUGUCUUAUUCGAAUCGA